UACCUCCGCCACAUCUGUGCGGCUGCGGGGAGGGAACGCCUUUCCCUUCCCAGCGGCCUCCGGAGGCAGAAGCCUCCCCAAGCCGAGGGCGGUGCCAAGUUAAAAGCGAAGUGACUUUUCGGCGGCGGUCCCCCGAGCCUUCCUGGCGUCCCUUUUCCCUUCGUUUCGCCCACCCGCCUUUUCAGCGCUUGCUGCGGAGGUUCCGGGAAGGACGGAAGAAGAACUUGGCGAUCGGGCGUCCGAGCCAACGAAGGAGAGUCUUCCCACGCCGGUUUAUCCAGGUCAGCACUAUGACUGAUGGGGACUACGACUAUUUGAUCAAACUCCUGGCCCUUGGGGAUUCUGGGGUUGGAAAGACCACCUUGCUGUACAGAUACACAGACAACAAGUUUAACCCAAAGUUCAUCACGACAGUUGGCAUCGACUUCCGAGAAAAGCGUGUGGUAUACAACAGUCAGGGGUCAAGUGGAUCUCCUGGAAAAGCCUUUAAGGUCCAUCUGCAGCUAUGGGACACAGCUGGGCAAGAAAGAUUCAGAAGUCUCACAACAGCAUUUUUCAGAGAUGCCAUGGGCUUCUUGCUAAUGUUUGAUCUCACUAGUCAACAGAGCUUCUUAAAUGUCAGAAACUGGAUGAGUCAGUUGCAAGCAAAUGCUUAUUGCGAGAGCCCUGACAUAGUAUUAAUUGGAAAUAAAGCUGACCUAUCAGAGCAGAGGGAGGUCAAUGAAAGACAAGCAAAAGAGCUUGCAGACAAAUACGGCAUCCCAUACUUCGAAACAAGUGCAGCUACUGGCCAAAAUGUGGGCAAAGCUGUGGAGACACUCUUGGACUUAAUAAUGAAACGAAUGGAACAGUGUGUUGACAAGUCUCAGCUCUCUGACACAGCCAAUGGGGGAAGUUCAGGAAAACUGAUGUCAUCAAAAUCUGAUGAGAAGAAAUGUGCUUGUUGACUUGGCCAUUCAGGUUGAAGAAAAGGAAUGAGAAAUCAUCUAAUCAGAAAGUAACAGAAUGACCAAUUGCUAAAUUCAACCUUGAACUCCAGUGGACCACAUGAGACUGCUGCUGUUGUCUUAAGCAAGCCUGAUUUCUUUUCAGUGCUGAGAAAUCAUGCUUCUGCAUUUGAACAGAUGUCACCCAUCUUCAUAAAAGAUCCAGAGUCUCUUGUCUUCUCAAUACAGUAGGCGAGUAAACACAGAAAGUAUUUGCUGUGGGGAGAGGAUAAUUGAAAUGUUAGGAGAUACCUUUACAAUAAAACAAGGGGUUGUCUUUGUAGGCCUGUACCAUCACUUCUCAUCUCUUUGCCUUCUGUUAUGAUGGACAUUGUGCAUUUGCUAAGCAGUUGAUAAAAAACAAACAAACCCCAAAGUAUAUAUUGUGCAGCUUCUUGUAAACAUCUUUAUUUUUUUGAAUACCAAAAAGUCACUGCUGUUACAUUCAGCUGACUAUUCUCAUAAGAUGAGAUCUGAUUAAAACUGCAGUUUAAUCAUUAGGUGGGAUUGGAGAUAUGUGGACUAGAGAAAGAAGAUGUCCAUACAGUAUAGUACAGUGUUGGAAAGGAACAGAUAUAAACCAUGAGGAAGUACUUGCUCAAAGCUGAAAAGUACUAUCUGCCAUGAAAUACUUGGCCAAGAGAACUGUGGGUGCACUUUCAUUGGUGACUCUGGGAGAGGUAUUUCAAUGGAAUCCCCUUUCACUAAGAGACAGUAUGUAUUUAUUAAGUUCCAUAUGGAUACAGUUCACAUUUCUAAUUAAUGUCCUCCAGGACACACACACACACACAACAUUAUUUUUGCUUUUAUUUUACAGGCAGAGCACUUCCUAAACAUGAAGCUAUGUUGAAUGCUGAUUUGGAAAAUCAAAUGUUCAAGGCAAAGUCUUGAUUAAACAUAUAAUGUAUGCCUGUUACUUUGAUCACUCAAAAUAAGAAAGGCAGGAAUAGCAACAGAGGAAGUUCCAGUAAUAAUUUUGUUAUGGUAGAAAUACUCUUAGUGAAAGAUACAUAUACUUUAGAGCCAGACAUGAUAGGAUGAUGGGGAUGAGGAGGAUGAGGAGGACGAUGAUGAACCAAGUGCAUGUCUUUAAAAAAAAAAUCAGACAUUGUCUUUCUCCUAUGCACCAUUUCUCUGUUACGCCAUUUUGGACUAAAAGGUCUGCUGGUGAAGUCAUCAGAGCAACAUGUCGUGUUCCAGAAGUGCCGUAGUUAGGCCUGUUGAGUUUGGCAACCCAGCCAUUCCAAAAUCGUCUGCAGUCCCUUGCCACUGUUUUCUAGGCUAGAGAGUUCAUUUCACCAGAUUCUUCAUGUUAUCAACCCAAAGCAAAAGGGUUGCUUAUAAUAUUUAUCACAAUGCUCUUCAUCAGUCUCUCAGUUACGAAAAACACAUUUCUGAUUGCAAAAUGUCUGCAUAUUUCCAGAAAGAGAAAUAAUGUAGAGGGAUAAAUUCACAGGGAUAUCUUAUUUGUCAUUUUUAUUCCAAUGCUGUGAUACCUUCAGUACAGUUUUAAACGUUCACUGCUUUUUGUAAGUCUGGAGAACUGGUUUUCAGAAAAAGGCAAUUACUAGACCCCAAAAGUGUAUUCACUUUUGCUAAUGUUGAUUGCUCAGUGCUUACGUUGGGAAAUACUAAUGUUUUUGUCUAUGAAACCUGGAGCAUAUUUGCUUGGAUUCAGAAUGCUUUGUUUGAAAUCAAGGGCUGCGGGAUACAUUUAACUCAGUGUAAAAGAAUAAGAGAUUCUUUAUGCAUUAAAGAGAAUCUUCUCUUCUAUAUGGCCCUGCACUGUGAGGAAUAUUUCAUCUCCUUUUUCUGCAAUUCCAUUUUAUAUCAAAGAUCUUUUAGCUUUUGAGUGGAAGAGGAGAUUGGAUCAAUGUAUCCUCCAUAUUCCCAGCUGUUGCUACCUGCUCACUGCUCUCUGUUGCAUAGUAGUAAACCAUGGAAUUAUCUGCUGCAAAAUUUGGGCAUAUGGCUGACCUUAGUGAGGAAUCCCACCCAACUUAUUGAAAGUUGCCAUUCAGAACUUUUCUAGCAGCUAGCUUGACAGUUUUGGAUCUUCUGGCACUGUUAAUCCAAUCUGGAGAGACUAGUAUACUCAUAUUCCAGUGGUAUGCAAAUGUCUCGGACUACCGUACAUAUUUGGUUGCUUACUAUCUGGAAUAGCAACUUUAAGAACUUGAAGCCACUCCUAAAGGCACAAUUAUUCUUGGGCAUAAUUUGUUGCAAUCACAUGCUGGGAAAUCUACCAGCAUUCCUGCAAGAUCUGCCCAUGCCUCUAUCUCAGCAUAAUACAACAUGAGUGAAUGUUUUAUGCAUGCAUGUUAAACUUUUAUAUUGUGUACACAGAGUAUUUCCUGACAUUAAACAAGGCAAAAUAGCUGUUGGUGUUGUAGCUGUCAUUAUGCACACCUAAACUCCUGCAUGCAUAAAAUUUAGAUGUUUAUGGGGAACAUUCAUGAGCACAAUGUUUAGUCCACGUGAACACUUGAUUUGAAUUCCCAGAUUGGCACUGUAUCAUCUUACUAAUACCCUUUGAAAUCUGCUUGAUGCAACUGGAAGGUUGCCACGAGGGCAAUACUGGAGUCCAUCUUGUAUUUUCAGUAUAAAUUCCAUAUCACAUCAAAAAAAUAUUUCAUUAUCUCUUGUGAUCAAUAAUUACUGUAUACGGGAUGAAUCAAUAUAUACUUAAGAGGUGGUCCUAUCACUGAAAGUGUUUCUGUACUUGCCCAGCAGCCUUUCAACAGUGUUCUACAAAGAUCUGCAAAGUGUUCCAGCUAAACAUUUAGCUGCUGUUUUGUUACGGAAAUCUAGCUUCCCCAAUACAGUGAGAAUUCUGUAGUCUGGUAUUAAAUGAAGUGAUCACUGAAACAAUUCAGCCCUGUUGGGUUUUUUAGCUCCCUGUCCAUGCCAACUGAGGCAGAGUUGGCCAGAGGGCCUCAUGGUCAGCUUUCUAGAGUUGCUGUUGAAGCUCAAGGUUAGUAACAAUCAGGAGGAGUCUGGCCAAGAUAGAUUAAUAUGGCUCUCCUCUGACAACUUCCUCAAGGCUUGUAAGGAAUUCUGUCUUCUUCCCUCAAAGAUGUUUUCCUUUCUCUAAAGUGCUUAUAAAGGGAGCGCUUCUAAAGGUCAAACUAAAGCAUAAUCUGAAUCACAUGUUUAUGGCUGUUACAGAAGGGGGGGGGAAGUUAUCAGAGAAGCACUAUUACAAUCAAAUUCUCAGAAGGGGUGAAAUUCUGCGAUCUGUGGGCCGUCUGUUCUUAAAUUUUCAGUUGGAGGCUGAAUUUACAACAGCCCUCCCCAUCUCAUGCCAUUUAGCACAAGGUCUGUAUGGGAUAGAAACAAAGACCCAUCUUCUUCUUACACUUAAAAAGAUCCUAUCUGGGGCUUUCCUAAACUUGAUUUCACCCCAACUUUUUAAAUCAAGAAUCAUUUCUCUAACUGCCAUUUCUUCACCCCACAGUGGGAUUUUCAGUGUAUAUAGCUGUAUAAUUGAAGGUACUUUAUGUAUUCCCCCCAAAUAUAUUUAUUGAAAUUAUUCUUUUCAGAUUUCGAUUCAACACUAAGAGCCUUCUAACUGAUCAGUUGCUUUUUUUUUCCCCUUUGUUUUGCUUUUAGUGUGUCCUUAAGUUGGGUAACUCUGAGCAUGUUUUCUGUUGGUCUUUGAGACAGUUCUGUACAAGUUAAAGAUUUACAUUCUUUGACCUAGGUGUUUGAAUUCUCUCUCUCUCGAUGGACUGCACUGCCAGCAUAUCAGCAUCAGUCAUUACUAUGUUGUACUACUACUACUAUGCUGUGGCUUUUAAAUGAUAUUUAUAUGUGUGAGCGUGUGUGUGAAUACACACAUAUACAUACAUACUAUCAGAUUUUAUCUAUUGGUGUCUGGGUUUAUACAAUAUGGCUAAGGAAUGCAAUUCUGUAGUUUCAUUUCUGCACUGUUCUUUUGAAAUUAAAAACAAUACAUUUUUAAAGCA